CCGGCCGGGGCCGCCCGCUGCAAGGAGGAGCCGGCGCCGUUCAGCUACCACAACACCUUCCUGCUGGCCGACCGCGCCGAGGCCUGGGUGCUGGAGACGGCCGGCCCGUACUGGGCAGCGCAGCGCAUCGCGGAGGGGAGCCGGAACAUCUCCAACCAGCUCAGCAUUGGCACGGACAUCACGGCCGAGCACGCGGGGCUGCGGCAACGCGCCCGGAGCCAGGGCUGGUGGAGCGGGGAUGGAGAGUUCAACUUCGCCGAGGUUUUCUCCCUGGAGCAGCAGCCUGUGCGCAUGGAGGCCGCCAAGGCGCGAUACCGCGCGGGCAAGGAGCUGCUGCGGCAGCACGCAGGUGGGCACCGGCUCAUGGUGUCCGUCCUCCCCCGGGACCCUGCCCUGCCCUGCGUCCACUUCUUCACGGCCACCCCUGACCCCUCCAGGUCCGUGUUCAAACCCUUCGUCUUCGUGGACGGCCUCAAGCCCGCGCCCCAGGUGAGGUCUCCCAGCUUU